AUGCCCAAUAAAGCUCGAGACUAUGGCGAUCUCAGAGUCACUAUGACAUCCGAAUGGGAGUGGCGAUGGAACGAUCGUGGUACCGGUGCCACGAGAGCCAUUGACGUUUACCAUGCUAAAUCGCAGGGUGAACUGCUUCCCUUGGGGUCCUUUGUGUCUUCAACCUACAUCGACGGAAAUGCCAAGGGCAAGCCUGCAUUUGCCAGUCCUACCGGUUACACGUUGAUGUGGAAUGACAAGGGCGGUGACGGCAAAUUCGAUGGUUCCUUUUGGAGACCCACAGCACCCGCUGGUUACGUCUCUGUUGGGAAUAUCUGUACCUCAAGCUACAAAGAUCCUUCGUCCAAUGAGAUUUUGUGUGUCCGAGAGGAUUUGGCGAUUGAUUCGGAUUACGAGCCAGCCAGUCUAUGGGACGACAGGAACUCGGGAGCCAAGCUGUACGCCUCCGUUUGGGCAAUCUCCCGCCCUGUGUCUGACCGUGCAGGUACGGAGGUUUUGGGCCUUCCUUGCCCUAGGGAGUUUACAAGAUACGACACGAAGACCCCCGAGUUUACCAAAGACAACUUUCCCAGGGGUGGCGACAAGUUUAGCGAACAAAAGCAGACAGAGCUUGUCCUCCCUUACACGGCCUUCUUCCCUUCCUCGGAAAGGAGGAGUCUCAGCUUGAUUGAUGAUCCGUUUAUCUCGCUUAGUAGGCAUAUCGCGUGGGAAGUCUACACCACGCACACGAACAACAGCGCAGGUGAAAUCACUGACAAGACUACCAUCACGAAGGGCAUUUCGCAAACGGAUACAACCGAGAUGAGUCAUUCGGCUGGCGCUGACAUUUCGGCCUCAUAUGGCAUUGGUAGUUUUGGUGGGAGCAUCAGUCUCAAUUAUCAAUUCACGGCAACGAAUACUAACUCGUUCAACGAGUACAAAGAGACUUCUCGCGAGCAAGGCUUCACUGUCAAGCCGUACCAAGCUUGCGUGUACCUCGUUAGACAUGUGUGGAUCAAGUCGCGCCGGAGCAAUGGGUCUUCUACUUUGGCUGAGAUUGGCUACAACAUGAAUGAGGACAUCAUUUUGGUAGGCGUAGACCUGAAAGCCUAG